UAUCCCACAGCAAACUUGAUAUCGUUUCGCAUUGUAACGUUUAUGUCAGAGUCAUAUAUUUUAUUAUUUGCUUGUACAAAAACACAGAUAUGACUCUAAUCAGUCUAUCUGUGUUGUGGAGCAUCUGUGCAAAAAACACCAAAGGCUGAUUUCGUCUGCAGCUGAUGUUUUCAUGGCAGUUUUGUUCAUUAUACUGUUUGUAAUUCCAGAUUUUGCCAUCAUGACUAUCCAAAGUACAAAAAGGUGUUACUUUUUAACGGUUGGCGAAGAAGAGCUGACUGAGACUGUGUUGGAGGAAUUAACCAAUGUAGUGAAGAAUAAAUCUGGAUCAGCACCGCAGAUUGUCUUUGCUGCUCCUGACCCAUCUGUACGAGGAAGGAGCCUGUCCGCCUUCUACCUGGCUUUGUUCAGGAAGUAUGUACUGCAUAGGAAUGAGCGCAUCACCAUUCUCUCCAAGGAUGACCAGCUUGUGGCUUUACAACUAGUCCUGGCUGAGAGACAGAAACAGGCCGUUGGAGACUUUGAUGUUGAGGCCAGUUCAGUUCUUCAGAUGAACAAGCAUGUAUUGAGGCUAAGAACCACCCAUUCAGCCAGUGACUCAUACCGUGAAGACAAGCCAUCCUCCUCUACAUCUCAACACGAAGAGGUUUUACAAUUAUACCAGGACUUUCUGUCUCACAGUAAUUACUCCGACAUGACAGAUGUGUAUUUGGCUGUGGUCAGAGAACUAGAACACAAUGAAAGCUUGCAAAGGGAGUUUCAGGAGCACAGUUUCAUUGUUGUACUGGGUCCGGAGAGAAGUGCUGAAGAGGAACUGAUGUUGGGGAUGCUGUGUAAACAGGCACAAGUGUAUGAUGUCCAGAUGAGCACAUGUUUAGGGACCCCAGACCGGCCACCUGACAUCUCCUUGGUACCAUCAACAUUACAACAGACCCUGAAGAAGUCUAGCAAGGGAGAGAACUUUGGCAGGAAAAGUUUUAUCACACCACACAAGUCUGCAACAGAGAGCUACGUGCAUAGUGCAGUCUUGUCAUAUUUGGAGCUGUUGGUAAACUCGAGAAGUGAAAUGGCCUUAGCACGGGUUGUCAAUACCCCUCACAGAGAUCUUAAUCACGCAGCCUUCACAGACCUCAAGAGAUAUGCCAGGUUGAAAAACAUGCCAAUGUACCAGACAGCAACGUCCUUCAUCACCAGACUCAGGCUUGGGGGUAAGGGUUAUGCCCCAGACAAGUGCUGCCCCCUGGCACAGCAUGUCAAAGGCAUGGGAGACUUCUCCGACCUGAUGCAGAAGCUGCAGACCAUACUGGAGGAGGAUACAGAUGCCAGGUCUGCAUGUAGAAGAGUAGUCAAUGUGCUGAAGAAUGCCUUCUUACGUAACAAGGAAAACCGGCUGAGAAGUAGCAGCAUUGAGUCCUGUGCAGAGAGAAUACAGCAGGCGUUAGCAGAAAUCAUAGCCCAGAUAGACCAGGCCAGCCUUCUUACCCCAGAUAAGUGGGGAUGUCGCGCAGUGGGGAUGUCACCCAGUGGGGAUGUCACCCAGUGGGAAUGUCACCCAUUGGGGAUGUCACACAGUGGGGAUGUCACCCAGUGGGGAUGUCACACAGUGGGAAUGUCACCCAGUGGGGAUGUCACACAGUGGGGAUGUCACCCAGCGGGAAUGUCACCCAGUGGGAAUGUCACACAGGCCUGCAGGGUGUGGAGGUACCAUGGUAGGGAGACAGUCCCUGAAGAUUAUCCGUAUGUUCUUAGAUCAAGAGCCACAAAACAGACUUCUGCUCAUGCAGGCAACAUAUUUGGGGACCUAUUCUCCAGUCAAAAGACACCAGUUCAUUUCCCAUGCCUCCUGACAAAAUUCAGGUCACCAGGAGAACCAGAAGUGGAAGAGAAACUAAACCAGUCUUUGAGGGAUCGCAUGAAAGCAAAGGUGGCAGAGCAGAAGCGGUCUAAAACUAAGCCUGUACGGUACAGGUCUGAGAUGGAAUGGGCAAUGCCCUUACACAGCGUGGCUGAUGAGCUCACGGGGUGUGUCAUGACAACCAGGUGAUUGUAAUGCCUAGCAAAACAUUGGUGCAGCCUGGAGAAAACACCAUUGUGGGUCUCUCAGUGGCUAGCCGAGUUCAGGAAUCUGCAAAGGACAAAGAAAACGCAAGUAAUGUGUCUGACAGGAACAGCAAGCUGACAAAAGGAGGAAGCAAGAAGAGUGGAAGAAACUGGGACACAAACCUAAAAACUGUGGAGACAUCUACUUCUGAAUCCAAGGACAUCAACGCUUUCGAAAGUGGUGAUGUUUCUUCUCAGCCACCAUCCAAGAAAACGCAAACUGCAGACAGAGAAACCAAAGAAGACUGUUCGUAGGAAACUUAUUCCACAGAUUAAAGGACAGCAAAGCCUAACCAAAUUUUUCAGAGUAUGAAAGAAGACUGUUAGAUGUAAAGAGUGAGGAUAUGUUUUUUUUUCUUUUAAGUA